UCGAGUGGCAACGGCAUCUGUUUACAUUUACGUUAGUUACAUAAAGAUGGCGACGCGCGGACAUUUGAAGAAGUUGAGAGUUGGAGCACUCAAAGAGUUGGCAAAAGAUUUGUCAAUAAAUAUAACGAAGAAAGGAAAAGACGAACUUAUACGUGAAAUUCUCGAUGCACAAGUUCCCGUCUCUUCCCUCACACCAGUCGUUUUUCGAUCACAAAAUGAAACCAUAUUUCCUGAAGCAAAGGAAAAUCUCCCUCCCUUUAAUUCGGUCUCUUACCAAAAAUCACUACCCAUGGGUCUCAAAAUAUCGUUUUCUACUAUUUACGAAUUCAUGAUUUCAAGGAGAACAGAAUCCGGCAACAAUAUAAACAAUUUUAAAGGGAUGGACAGAGCUGUGAAGCACUACGAUGCUGGUGAUGUGAGAGAAGUGUCCAGUGCACAGGUAUACCAUAUUGUCCAUCACUUUAUUAUAUUGACUUUAUUAAGCACUAUAUAUUUUGAAAAUGCAAAACAGCAUACUCAAUUAAGUUUAAGACUAAUGAUAUCAUUGUUUAUAAAGCAUGUGCUGUACAUAAAGGCACACCUUUUAAAAAGGGGUGGGUCAGUCGGAUUUGAACUUCUUAUAGGAGUUAUGAGAUUGACCACUGUUCAAUAUCUUCACUGCCUGGGAAUCAUUUACAAUAAAAAAUUUAAAAAGGGGGGGGGGGGUGAAAGAUAUAGGUUACAUAUGUAUAUACAUGUAAGAAGUACAGACUUUGAAUUGAAAAUGAAUACAAUGUAAUUGAAAAAAGGGGAGUAUCCCCCCCCCCCCUUUCCCCCUUUGAUAUGUCUGCAGCAUGUAAAAUGAAAACCACCUCUACUAGUAAUUUCCCAAUUUUUUUUAAUAUUGUAAUUCACCACAAUUGGAGCAUGUCAAUCAUUAGCAAAAUAUUUCAAAUCAAGAAAAAGUAUCAAAACACAUGUGAUUUAAUUAUAUAUCUUCUUUUACAGGUAGAUGAUUCUACAGUGUAUGUAAGAGCAAGAUGUUAUGCCUCCAUGAAAAAGCAGGAGUAUAAUGUCUACAUUUGCGCGACAAAAAGAGGACAUGCAACACCAAUCUCCAUAGAUUCUACAUAUUGUCAAUGUCCCAUAGGCUUGGCACAGGCCUGCAGUCAUAUUGGAGCAUUGCUAUUUGCAUUAAGCAAUAUGAAAGAUGGUGAUGAGGAACCACCGAGUUGCACAUCAGUCCUGUGUCAUUGGAAAGCACCACGAGCCAAUGCAAAACCACAACCUAUGUCUGCACUUGCACAUAGAAAACCUUCAACAGACUCAACAAAUGAUCCAAUGACUGAGCCUGCUCCUCAUCCACAGACAACCUUUGACCCCAGACAUUCUAUGGAUAGGAUACCUGACCUUGACCGUACAUUGCAACACCUACAGAAACUUAAGGAAAUUUUUCCCAAAACAGGGAUGGUGCAUAUUUGGAAUAUCCCAGACCCUGUCCCUAUGGCAUCACAUGAAGAAGAAAUUGUGACAACCAAGGACCCCUACAUCAUGAAAAUGGAAGAAAUGCUUUUUACUGUUGGCAACUUGCCCCCACCUUCCAUUGACAUGGAUCUAGUGAUGUUCAUAGAGAAGUAUACACAGGAGCAGAGAAAGUGUGAAAUGUGGAAGCAGUUACACAUUGGAAGGAUAACUAGCUCCUUAUUUGGGGAUGUAUUAUCUGCUGGUAACAACUCCAAUUCUCUAAUUAGACAGAUAGUCGAGGGAUCAAACCUUGAAAGGUACACAAACAUGCCAGCAUCUGUACAGUGGGGGAUAGAUCACGAGGACACAGCCCGAGUGAAGUACUCUAUGAUGAAACAAGUACUGGGGGACAGCUUUAGAAUCGACCCUACUGGAUUGAUGCUCUGCAGUACCCAUACUUUUCUAGGUGCAUCCAGUGACGGGAGGGUAACAGAAGAGAACAGCACAGGCGUGCUUGAAAUAAAAUGCCCAUACUUCAUAAAGGGUACUUUGGUAAAUGCCAUGGAAAUACCAGAUAUCCUUGCAAUGGAAGACAAGAGCUUUUGUCUUGAAAAUACUAGUGAAGGACCAAAGUUAAGUCAUCCCACAAGUAUUAUGCCCAGUACAGGGAGAAAUGGCCUUGAUGAGUGCCCCAUGGUGCGAUUUUGUUGUUUGGACUGCGGCAAAAUCCAACAAUAUAUGUGUUGA